GGAGCGUGCGUGCUUUGCUCACUAAAAAUGAGUCUCAGUCUCAUCGUUUUCUCUUAUAUGUUCUAUUGUUCAAUCUAGGAUCAACCGGGAUUACCCUUUGGAAGAAAGUUUCUGCCUUUUUCUGAUUGCUCAAAAAAGUUAUUUAGAGUGAGUAGAGCAAUAUAUAAUCUUCAUCUGCGUUAAGGGUUGCCCCCUUUUUUUUUCUUUUUUCUUUUUUGUAUAUUGUUGGUUUGUUCUUCCAAUGGUUUUGGGUUUGAAUUGAAAAACCACAAAUAAAGCAUCGAUUUUGAAUGGAGGAAGGCUACCCCAGAAGCAAGUUCAAGAGGGUCUGUGUCUUCUGCGGCAGCAACUCUGGCAACCGAGAAGUGUUCAGUGACGCUGCGAUUCAAUUGGGCAAUGAACUGGUUAAGCGGAGUAUAGACUUGGUGUACGGUGGAGGAAGUGUUGGGCUGAUGGGCUUAAUAUCCCAGAGAGUUUAUGAUGGAGGCUGCCAUGUCUUAGGGGUCAUUCCAAAAGCUCUCAUGCCUCUCGAGAUAUCUGGUGAAACAGUAGGUGAAGUAAGAAUUGUUUCAGAUAUGCAUGAGCGUAAAGCUGCAAUGGCUCAAGAAGCUGAUGCAUUUGUUGCUCUCCCUGGAGGAUAUGGAACCAUGGAAGAGCUUUUGGAGAUGAUAACUUGGGCACAACUUGGAAUUCAUAAAAAGCCGGUUGGUCUACUGAAUGUUGAUGGUUACUAUAACUAUUUGCUUGCAUUAUUUGACAAUGGUGUUCAAGAAGGCUUCAUUAAGCCCGGUGCACGAAAUAUAGUUGUCUCUGCUCCUUCUGCCAAAGAACUUAUGAUGAAGAUGGAGCAUUACACACCUUCGCAUGAGCAUGUGGCCUCUCACGAGAGCUGGCAGAUGAAGCAAUUAGGUAAUUAUUCAGGACCAGAAAAUGCAGAGUGAAAAUUUUAUUGAUGGAAGGUUUUUCUCCAAAAUUGAUUUAUGAUUUAUGAUUUAUGAUGUGAUUCUUCAUUAUUUUAGAUAUAUACAAGAGCCUGUGUAGAUGGGGCCAUUGUUGUUUGUUACCGUGUACUACGUUGUUUUAUGAUCAGAGUGCAAGUAUAUGUGCUUGGCUGC